AUGUGUGGUCGAGAUUCUCGUGCGAUGACUUCUAUACAUUGUUGGAAUUUUAUGACUUGUUUAGCUGUGAAUAAUAGACGACCUUACAAUACUUAUUUCAUUUUCACUCUGCCAUGGGUGGAAAAGGAUUUUUUAUUUCAUUUUUGUAUUGACCAAAUUGAUUAUAAUCAACUAACGAAUUCAAAAUGUUUAAAUGGUGUAGAAUAUUUCACUUUAUCCUGUUCAUCGCCAAUUACCUAUUCAAAAUUAGCAACUAUAUUAACUACCUACUACCCAUAUGUAAGAUCACUUCGAAUCGAUGACGACGACUUUAAAUUAAUUGAUAAUGAUGGUAGUAAUUCCAGUGCUAUAAUAACAAGAACGAUAACGUUGAAUAAUGUUAAAUUUGUGAAUUUAUCUUAUCCAAGUAAUCUAACAUGGAAGGGUUUUCUCAAGAUCUUACGAUUAAUUCCGAAUAUAAGUAAUUUAUAUAUUCAAGCAUCAGAUUUAUUUGAUUUUCCAGCUGUGCUUUAUAAUACGCCAGCAUUUUGCAAUAAGAUUAAAUGUUUAGAAUUAAAAUUAGAAUUAAAAUUUACAAAAAUAAGUUUAAGUCAAAUUGUCAUUUACUUCGAUAAAUUACAACAUCUACGGUUAUGUUUCUUUAAAUAUGAUUAUGAUAAUGAUGAUGAUACAAGAUUAGAAUAUGAUGAUAAUGAUUUAAAUUUAUUCUGUUUUAUACUUAUGAAAAGUAAAACAUUAUUAUCAGCUGAUAUUACAAAUUAUAAUAUUGAAAUGAUACUCACACUCUACAAUAAACUGAUAAAUUUUAGGAGUUAUAGUAAACUAUCUUCAGCAGUAAUUGAAAUUGUGCAUGAUGUGCGUUUAAUUGUUCGAAAAUAG